AUGUCAUCGGCGAAAUCAGUUUCAGAUCAAAGUUUCCAUGUUCAGCGGACUAGCGAAGGGCUUGAAGAUGAGAUUAGAGACGUUGUUAGAUACGUCUUCGAAGAAGGUCCUGCAAGGGAACGUCCUUCUUUGGAAGAAGAACAUGUUGCAUUGACAGAUUCAGAAGAUGAAGAUGAGUUCGUACGGAAGUACGGUGAUAUCAACUUCCAGUAUAUAAGGAAACCGAAGGAUGCUACGUGGUUUAUCAAACCUCAUGCUUUGAACUACUUCAAAGAUGGAGUAUUGUACAGAACAAAGGGGGAGAGGGCAUCUAGUAAAACAGAAUUAUUUUUGGAUUUGAUGUAUGUUGGAAUUAUUGCUAACCUUGCUGGAGAUGCUUCAGAACAUGCUAGUGGUGCUGCUCUUUUGAAGUAUGUGCUUUUUUUCAUUCCUGCUUGGACUGUUUGGGCUGAUAUAAAGGAUUUCACUAACUAUUACUAUAACGAAGACUUGUCUCAAAAGGUUUACAUCUUGUGGAUCUUAAGUUUGCUUACUUUAUUCGCUAAUAGUCAUUCCAAAAUCCUAGAUGGUCCAAAAGAAGCGGCACUUACUGUUGUACCUUAUAUUCUUUGCCGAGUCUCGUUGUCCAUCAGUCUUUUGGUUUAUUCCAUUUUUAUUCCAGAACAUCGUGUUCAGCAAAGAUUAUAUGCUGUCCUUAUAUUAAUUACUAGUUCUUUAUGGAUUCCGGUAAUCUUUAUUGGAACAAGAGCGAAAGUUGGCUUGUCAUUUGGAAUCUUGUUUUUGGAACAAGUUUUCUUCAUAAUCGCUUAUCAUCCUAUAACCAAAAAAGUUUUACGGUUGAAUAUGUCCACUGCGUUGAAUAUUGAACAUGAAGUUGAGCGUUUUAGUGCUUUCGUAACGAUUGCUCUAGGUGAGUUCUUGUAUAAGGUGGUUGCAUCGAGUCCGUUGGGCGCAGGAUUCUCUGAUAAAUUCGGAAGGGGUAUUUUUCUUUUAACAAUUGCUUAUGUUUUGUUUUGGAUUUAUAACUAUGGCUCUACGACUAAAAAGGCUACGCAUGCACUUAGAAGAAGUGGCUGGUCUGCUUAUCUCUGGAUAUUUUGUCAUCUUCCAUUAAUAGCAUCUUUGGUUCUAGCUGCUGAUGCAGGUGGUGACAUUACGGCGUCUGAUAUAACUUCUUUAAAGAAGUUCCUGAAUGAUCAGUUGAUUGAGAGAAGGGAGGAAGAAGAAGAUCCUAAUAUGUAUGCUCUUUCUUUUUUUUUCACCGGUGGUAUUUGCGUAUCCCUUCUUUCAAUGUUUGUACUAGGAUUAUUGGACGACAGCAAGGAUUCAAAAGACAUUCACAUCCUUCCAAGAUUUUGGAGAAUAUUUUGGAGAGUACCAAUUGGAAUAAUAAUCUUAUGUCUUAGCUUCGCUGAAAUGAACUCCACUUUAAUGAUGGGAAUUGUGACGAUUUUGUUGGGUGUUCUUUUGGUCUAUGAAAGUGUUGUCUCUACUCCUAAAGUAUGCUUAAAGCACUAA